CUAAAUCUAGUUAUAUAAUAUGUAAAUAAUAUUUUAUUGACUUCAAUAUUAUUAUAAAAUGUUAAUAAUAAUAAAAAAAAAAAAAUACUCAACGCUCAAAUGGAAUCAUUGAUUUUCUUCAUUUUACAUUUUUAUAUUUAAUAAUAUGCAUGUGUUUCAUUUGUAUUAAAUUUCUAAGUUGGUAGGUAUGAUAAUAAUUAUAAAAGUAAAUUAAAAAAAAAAAAGUUUUAUAAAAUUGACCGAUCAAUAUAAUCAAAUUAACCUGCACCAAUAUGAUCAGAUUACGUGAAACUCGCUGGUAUAUGAAACAUUUAGACUGCAUAGUAAAUUUAUAGGUACGCUAUACAAAAUACUAAACGUAAACCUAUUACAAAAAUAUUAUGUUAUUUGUAUCGUUAAGUUUAAAUAAAUUUGGGUAACAUUUGUAGAUCAUGUAUAAUGAAAGUCUUAAAAUCAUUUGUGCAUUUUUCUAAAAUAAUCAAUUUAACGGUGUGACUCAUUGAUCAUCGCUAUGGAUAAUAAUAUACCCAAGAAUAACAUAAACUCAAAAGGUGUCUAUGGUAACAAACAAUAAUGCAGCUACUGAAUUCACUGUAUAUAUAGCCAACUAUACUAAAAUUUAAACUUUAGUGUUUACUAGUGUGUAGCACAAGUAUUUAUUUUUCUAUUUUUGUAUUCGAUCACCAUUGUGUAAACCUCAACAAUAUGACUGAACAACAGGAGGAUAAAAUGGAUUCGUCUACGGUUAAAAAACUCGUAAAUCGUAUCCAGGCUUGUACAUUUCUCCCGUACCUAAAUAAAAGUGAUUGGUCCACUGACGUAAUAUCCAGUAUAGAGGAGUUUAUUAGCACGGAUCGACAAGUGAUAUGUUUGUUUUAUGAGAACGACAUACUUAAAGCCACUUUUUGCAUACCCAAUGCUCGUACGGAUUCUAUUAUGUGGUUUCUAAAAACGAGCAACAGCGAAAACACACAACUGAACAACUCUAAUUUCUUAAAACUGAUUUCAUUCGGGAAAAUGGACACUCAAGUGGAGAAAACAAUGUUCUUAUUAUUAGACUCUUUGUAUUCUCCCUUUAUAUUUUCUUGGUCAGCCAGUGAAAAAGAUCAAUUUUUUGAACAAUACAGAUCAGUUAUCCAAGAGUUAUGUUCAUUACGAUAUAAGUUUUUAGGAAUGCCUAGUAUUUACAUUCCAACGAUAGUUGGGAAAUUUGAUGAAACUUCAAAAAGUGUCAGUGAAGAAACCCUUAAAGUGCUAGAAAAUAUUUUAAACGUAUAUACUUUAGAAAUUCAAACAUGCUUAAUGGACACUGAAAGAGUGCCUACCAAAUGUGAAUAUAUGAUGGAACAUAUUAUUGAUGAGAUACAUUAUUGGAAAACUAGACUUAGAAAUUUACGGUUUAUAACUACUCUAUUAAGUUAUAAGAGUGUUGAAGAAAUUCUUACAAUAUUAAAUCAACAUCAAUCAAUUCUUGUUCAUUCGUUCAACAACACUAUGAAUGAAAUUAAGGCAGCCAAAGUAGAAGCCAAAUCCAAUCUAAAUUACUUACAAGUUUUAUGGGAUCCGGUCAUGGACUUAUACGAUAUAAAAUCACCAAAUGACGUAUUAAUAAGAUUGCCAGACAUAUUUGUCAAGUUUAUUUUUAUUUUUGAAGAAUCGCAAUACUAUAACAAAUGGUCCGACAUAAGUCGUUUGUUCGAAUAUCUCGGAAAUCAAAUUGUAUACAUUUGCCGAAAAACCAUAAAAAUUUCAGAACUAUUCUCUGGCAAUACGGAAAGCGUUUUAAAUGAACUUCAGAUUUCGAUGGAUUGUUGUGAAAAUUUUAUUUCAAUAUAUACUAAAGUAAUUGAAAUUUAUAACUCUAAAAAUGAUGGACACUGGUCAGUGGAAACUAAAGACGUGCAUAUGUUUUUGGAUCGCUGCAGAGAUGUUAAUUAUAUAUGCAAAUCAAUUAUCUUAUUUAAAAGGAUGAAUGGAAAACACCCGAUACCAAAACCGAGAUUUUCAUUUACCAAAGGACUAGAGUUCGAAAAAGUUAUGGAAUCCGUUGAGUUAAAAUUCAAUAAAUUGAUAAGCAAUUUGGAGAAUGUCCAAAACUUAAUAUUCAACGUAAAUACCACUGAUUGGUAUCAACAUGAACUCGAAUUCAAAAACGAAGUGAAAGAAUUAUGCAAUAUAGUUGAACAGCUGUUAAAUGACGCGAUGAGUAUUACGUGUAACAUUGAGGAUGCUCUGAAUGUUUUACAGAGCUUGCAUUAUUUUUCUAAUUGGCCACAGCUGAAGUCCCAUUUUCAGAAAAAAACUAAUGAUGUCUACGCCAUGUUAAUCGACGAUAUAUCAUUAGCUAUGCAAUUUUACACGGACAACAGUUACCAAAUACCAUCCUUUAUGAUCAAAUAUUCAGGUGUCUGCAUAACCACCAUGACCGAAUACAGAAGAAUUGAAACACUAAAAAAUAUGAUAUCAGAACGUCCUUGGUUAUUACCGUGUUCAAAUAGUGAAAAACUUCAUGAGUUAUACAAAAAUUAUACAAUCGCUUAUCAAGAACUAUUAAAUAACACAAUUGAAUUAUGGAAUAAUCAAUCGAAUAUAAACUAUGACAAAAAAUUAGAUACAUAUAUUUUAGAAGGAAAUCAAAAUGAUCAAUUCUGGAAUUUAACGCUUCACAUGGACUGUGAUGUAUUUGAACUGUUAACUGAAAUAGAGUAUUGGUCAUUGAUUGGCUUCAAAAGUAUACUGACACCAAAUUACAUCGCCACAAAUGCAACAAAAAUAAUGCGACUUCAUCGAAAUGCAUCAAAAAUAGUUAACGACUACAAUACUCUAAUAGCUGGUUUAUCCGAGCAAGAAAUGCUAUUAUUUAGCGAAUCAAUAGAUGCAUGCAAUAAAAUGACAUCACCAAUGACUCAAUGUUAUACAUGGAAACAAAUAGAUAUUGACAAUUAUUUACUUGACUGUUUUGAUGAAUUAGAAUCGGUAAAGUAA